AUGAAAGUGGAUUUGAAACAACGUUGGUCUUCUCUUUCCCCAGCCCUCCUCUAUUCGGUAUCCUCAACUUCAGCCAGGGGACAAUUGCUGGUGAAAAUCAUAUUCAAGUAUCUACUUUAUGCUAUCGUUCUGGCUAAUCUGCGUGGCGCACCGGUUGUAUGGCAUUGGCGCGUUUUCUGGCCUAUAAUCAAGUACAAUCUCCAAUUUCUUGCUUUUCGAGUACCGAACGCGUGUGCUACGCUCCUGAAUCGGGGAGAGCGGGCGCGAAGAAUAGCUGGAUACAUUGACAAGACGUCUCCGGUCGGUGUCCAUCCUUUUGACUUUGAAGUCAUUUAUCGCUCUCGAGUUAGCGUCGACGAAAGCGAUUUCAACAUGCAUAUGAGCAAUUCGAGCUAUCCAAAGAUUUUAGACUUUACCCGAACCAAAAUGGCUACACACUUAUUUCCCCAUUUCCUCAGAGCCGGCGGUGUCGUUCCCAUUGCAUCGACACAUUUUCAUUUCGUUCGUGAAAUACCGAUGCUCGCAAAGUACGAAGUGCGAGCUGGUAUUGGUGCUUGGGAUGAGAAAUGGGUGAGUCUCUUUUCUACUUCGAGUCACUCUACGCAUAUUUAUCAUUACUUUCGUUUCUACCCUGGUAUUGGUUCUCAUUUCUGCUCGAAGUUCUAUGUGGUUGGCCGCUUUGUGACCAAACAAAAGCCCAAAUCACACAAUGCUCAACAGUCUUCCAGCCAAGUUCCUCCACUAACCAAGUCGGAAUCAGAUUUAGUGGCGAAACUGUUUGACUCUUCUUCAGAAGAUGAAAAAGACAUAAUUCUACACACUGUUGCUGUAGCUCGUUGCUGCUACAAGCUUGGCCGAAUCACGGUUCCACCUUCAGUCCUCAUGGCUACGAAUGGUGUUUGUGUCUACCCUCAUGAGGUCACAAUGACUGAGCUCGAUCCAACCUUCUCUGGCCCGUUGGAUAAGUAUUCAGGUUUCUCGGUCGAAAGCCCUCCCCAUACCUGGACUCAUCACGCUCGAAAUUUAGCACUCAACCCGAGAAAGCUACGUGAAUUUUACAAAGGUGCUUGGCGACAAGAUCCGACGAGAUGGUGGGACAGCGCAAUGGGAGCUGGUGGACCAGUGGAGAAAAAAUUGAAGGAGAGAUUGGGAAUAUGCAAACAGCUGUUUGAAGGAAUGGAUGGGGUGCGGCAAUUCGGGGAACCUGCCAUAGUGUGA